CGAUGGAGGUGAGGCGAUACCGAUUUGAUGAACUGAAGAAGGCCACAGAUUCAUUUAGUGAUGAGAGAUUGAUUGGCUCUGGAGCAUUUGGGAAUGUUUACAGAGGAGUUUUGGGAGAUGAGAAGAGAACAGUUGCCAUCAAGAAAGCUCAUUCCGAGUCUAAUGAGAGUGCGGAGGAAUUCAAAAAUGAGGUUGAGCUGCUUUCUAGAGUCAAGCAUAAGAACCUUGUGGGUUUGGUUGGCUACUGUUCUGAAGCUAAGCACAAGAUAUUGGUGUAUGAGUAUGUCUCACAAGGAUGUCUACUCGAAUACAUUGUUGGAAAAGAAAGAAACCCUUUAACUUGGCAGCAAAGAGUAAACCUAGCUAUUGGAUCAGCAAAAGGUGUAGCUCAUCUUCAUGGAGUUGAACCAAGCAUAAUACAUAGGGAUUUGAAGCCCAGCAACAUCCUUAUUGACGAUGAAUUUGAGGCCAAGAUUUCAGACUUUGGGCUUGUGAAGAAGGGUCCUAAUGGUGAUGCUUCUCAUGUCAGCACACAGGCUAAGGGCACUCCUGGAUACAUGGAUCCUGCUUACUGUUCUAGCCUCCACUUGACUACUUCCAGUGAUGUAUUCAGCUUUGGAGUCAUACUUCUGCAGCUUGUUUCAUCAAGGCCUGCACUUGAUCAUACAAGACGACAAUCUGAAUACCAUAUCAGUAAUUGGGCUAAGCCGAGCGUAGAAAGAGGAAUGGUUGAAGAUAUACUUGAUGUAAGUCUCCAACUUGAACCAUGUAACAACAAGAUGAUGUUAAAAAUGGCACAACUUGGCAUUAGAUGCACUGCUUGGGAGCCAAAGAACAGGCCAACAAUUAGGCAAGUUGUGAAAGAGCUAGAAGAAGCUCUAUGUCAAGUGACAAAAAGUGUUCAGAGAUCAUCUUAUUCAGAGGAGUCUCAAAGUUUUAGUAUUGAUAGUGUUUUGUUGCAGAGAUUCUAUGUUGAAAGUUUUGAAGAUAUAUCUGUAAGGAGCGCUAGCUUGAGGUGUCUUGAUGUCACCAAUUCAUCAAACAACAAUGAGGAAGUUGAUGGAAUAUAAUUUUUUUUUAAAAGAGAGAUGAGCUCAAACGAAUAUGAUUUAUUAUAAAUGUUGUG